CUCCUGGCCUUUUUUUCACUUUAUUCAUUGUCGCUUAACACCAUUGAAGAAGCCAUGUCGUCGGUCCAAGAUGUUUAUAAUAAUAUCUACUCAACUUUCCAUUCAAUGCGUGAAUACCUUUCACCAGUAUUGAAGAAUUCACGAUUCAAAGAAACAGGCUGUUUGACACCUGAGGAGUUUGUUGCAGCGGGUGACUUUCUCGUAUACAAGUGUCCCACUUGGGCUUGGGAAAGAGGAUUAGCUGAAAAGCGACGAGAUUACCUUCCAGCUGAUAAACAAUUCCUGGUCACAAGAAAUGUGCCAUGCUUUCGUCGAGCUCGACAAAUGGAAUACACCGACGACGGAGAUGAAACUCAGAUCGCUGACGGAAUAGACAGCGCAGAGGAUGAUGGAUGGACUUAUACACACAGCUCACGAGUGGCAAAGACAAUGGACGAAAUCGCACAUGAUAUCAUGGACGAAGAGGAGGAAGAGGAAGAAGCAAGACGGCGCUUACAGGAUAUAAGCAUACAAGAGGAUGAGAUUCCGGAUAUGGAUGAUAUUCCGGACAUCGAAGAUGAUGGCGUUAUUGAAGAGGAGGAUCCGGCCACUGUAAAACCGGAGGCUGCAGCAAAUGACAAAAUUCUGCAAGUAAGAACUUAUGACGUCUUCAUCACUUACGACAAGUACUAUCAGACUCCUCGAAUGUGGCUAUUUGGUUAUGAUGAGCAACGCCGACCUUUGUCUUCAAGCCGCGUCUUUGAAGAUGUGAAUCCCGACUAUGUAAAGAAAACUGUUACGAUUGAAACCCAUCCGCACUUAUCCAUGAGUUUGGCGUCAAUCCAUCCGUGCAAGCAUGCCGACGUAAUGAAGAAAAUAAUCGAACGCAUGGGUGACGGCGUAUCGGCGGGAUUGGGAAAAGCUGGCCAGCAAGAAACGGGGAUUCGUGUCGAUCAGUAUCUUAUCAUCUUCCUCAAAUUCAUGAGCUCAGUGGUGCCUACCAUUGAUUAUGAUCAUACCAUCAGUGCCUAAUUAUCUUCAUAAAGACAAUUUGAUUGCGAUACUAACAACACGAAUCCAGACUUUUAUAUCCCUCCUAUUGUAUUUGGCAGUCCAGACAAAAAAAUGUAUUAUCCAACUUGGUGUCUUGCUAACUUGAAACUCAAAGUAGUAGCCCUCAUAAAGAAUAUCUUUUG